CAGGCCCUGUCCAUCCCCAGAAAGAAGAGGAAAUGACUGAGUUCCAGGGAACAGUGACAUUCAGAGAUGUAGCUAUUGACUUCACCCAGGAAGAGUGGCAGCAAUUGGAUCCUGCUCAAAGGAACCUGUACCGGAAUGUGAUGCUAGAAAACUAUAACAACUUAAUCACAGUGGGCUGUCCAUUCACCAAACCUGAUGUGAUUUUCAAAUUGGAGCAAGAAGAAGAACCAUGGGUGGUGGAGGAAGAAAUGUUAAGGAGACACUGUCCAGGAGAAAUAUGGGGAAUUGAUGAGCAUCAGAAUAUCCAGGACAAACUUUUGACACAACUUGAAGAUAAGUUCGCAGAAGAAACAUUGACUGAAGAAAAAGUCAAUGAAUGUCAUAAGAAAUUUGCAAAUGCAUUUUAUCCAAACUCAGACUUUUUUCAUUCCAGUCACAAUCUCUAUGACUAUAACUUAUUUGGAAAAUGUUUAGAACAUAAUAAUUUUGACUGUCAUAAUGAUGAGAGAAUCCUUAUAAGAAAGGAAUACUGUGAAUAUAGUGAAUCUAUAAAGCCAUUUGGCAAUAGCUCAUCCCAUCUUGUAGUAACCCCCUUUAAGUGUAAUCAUUGUGGAAAAGGAUUCAGUCAAACCUUGGAUCUCAUCAGACACCUGAGAAUUCAUACUGGAGAGAAACCCUAUGAAUGUAAAAAAUGUAGAAAAGCCUUCAACCACAAGGAAAAACUCCUUAAACAUCAUAAAAUUCACAGUAGGGAGCAGUCUUAUGAAUGUAAUGAAUGUGGGAUUUUCAUUAAAAUGUCGAAUCUCAUUAGACCAAGAAUUCAUACUGGAGAGAAACCCUAUGUGUGUAAGGAAUGUGGGAAAUCCUUCAGCCAGAAAUCAAAUCUCAUUGAUCAUGAAAAAAUUCAUACUGGAGAGAAACCUUACGAAUGUAAUGAGUGUGGAAAAGCAUUCAGCCAGAAGCAAAGCCUCAUUGCACAUCAGAAAGUUCAUACUGGGGAGAAACCUUAUGCAUGUAAUGAAUGUGGUAAAGCCUUCCCUCGAAUUGCAUCCCUUGCUCUUCAUAUGAGAAGUCAUACAGGAGAAAAACCUUAUAAAUGUGAUAAAUGUGGAAAAGCCUUCUCUCAGUUUUCCAUGCUUAUUAUACAUGUGAGAAUUCAUACAGGUGAGAAACCCUAUGAAUGUAAUGAAUGUGGAAAAUCCUUCUCUCAAAGCUCAGCCCUUACUGUACAUAUGAGAAGUCAUACCGGUGAGAAACCCUAUGAAUGUAAGGAAUGUAGAAAGCCUUCAGCCACAAGAAAAAACUUCAUUACACACCAGAAGAUUCAUACUAGAGAGAAACCUUAUGAAUGUAAUGAAUGUGGGAAAGCAUUCAUUCAGAUGUCAAAUCUUGUUAGACACCAGAGAAUUCACACUGGAGAAAAACCCUAUAUAUGUAAGGAAUGUGGCAAAGCCUUUAGCCAGAAAUCAAAUCUCAUUGCUCAUGAAAAAAUUCAUUCUGGAGAGAAACCCUAUGAAUGUAAUGAAUGUGGUAAAGCUUUCAGCCAAAAGCAAAACUUUAUUACACAUCAGAAAGUUCACACUGGAGAGAAACCUUAUGAUUGUAAUAAAUGUGGUAAAGCCUUCUCUCAAAUUGCAUCCCUUACUCUUCAUCUGAGAAGUCACACAGGGGAAAAGCCUUAUGAAUGUGAUAAAUGUGGAAAAGCCUUUUCUCAGUGCUCAUUGCUUAAUUUACAUAUGAGAAGUCAUACAGGUGAGAAGCCGUAUGUGUGUAAUGAAUGUGGAAAAGCUUUCUCUCAAAGAACUUCCCUUAUUGUGCACAUGAGAGGUCAUACAGGUGAGAAACCCUAUGAAUGUAAUAAAUGUGGAAAAGCUUUCUCCCAAAGCUCAUCCCUUACUAUACAUAUACGAGGUCAUACAGGUGAGAAACCCUUUGACUGUAGUAAAUGUGGAAAAGCCUUCUCUCAAAUCUCAUCUCUUACACUUCAUAUGAGAAAACAUACAGGCGAGAAGCCUUAUCAUUGUAAUGAGUGUGGUAAGGCUUUCACAAAGUCACACCUUGUUAGACACCAGAGAAUUCAUACUCAUUAGAAGUAGAAACCCUGUGAAUAUGGAAAAGCCAUCAGAAGGAACUAGCACCUCCUUGCACAUUACAUAAUCAGUUCUACAGCAGAAAACUAUGAAUGUAGGGAAGAUUUUUGAAGAAGUCACACAUUUGUGAAACAUGAUAAUUCUUUCCAAGAUUAAAUUGUAUAAUGAAAAAGUUGAUCAUCAAAAACCUUCAGCAGACAUUUUAUCUAUUGAUAAUAUUUGUCAUUCCCAUUAAAAACUGAACGAUAUCUGCUGUUCAGCUUAUCAACAUGAUACUUGAGCUCUCAGCCUAUCAGCAUGAUACUUGAGCUCCAGCCAGUGCAUUAGCAAGAAAAGAUUGGAAAAAAGAGAAACUAUAAAAAUAACCUUUUAUAUGAGAAAUAGUUAAUUAGAAAGUGUGUUGAUAUAAAAUAUCUAAGAAGAAGCACAACAAUGAGUUACGAUACAUAUAUAUGUAUAAAGUUAUAAAACAUUUUGAAGGGCACAAAAGAACACCGUUAAAAUUUAGAAAAAUAACACUGUCUGGAAAGAUUUGACAUUGUAAAAAAAUAUAAAUUCUUUCACAAAUCUCUAAUUUUAUAAAGUACUUCCACUCAAAGUUUUCACCAGUUAGUUGUACUUUAGAAUUUUACAAAAUGAUUCAAAAUUUUGCAUUGGAAUGUAAAGGACUACAAAUAGCUCAAGAAAUGUGAAAAACAAAAGAAAAGGUAGUCUACUAGAUACCAUCACAUACUUUACAGGUGUCAUUUAAACCAUGUGUUCUUGAUGAGUAAAUAAAUCAGUGGAAACAAUUGAGGAUUGGAGGAAGGAGAUGUGGGAAUUUUGUAUGUGAUAAUGCUACGGAAAUAAUUGGAGAAAGGAAGACCUAUUCAAUAAAUGGAAAAUUUAUUUUAACGAAAAUUGUUAGCUCUCUAGUUUAUGCCAUAUAUAAAAAUAAAAUCCAAAUAGAUUGAAAAACAGAAUAUAAAAAGCAAAAUUCUUAAACUAUGAUGAAAAUAAAAUGUCACUUUAGAGUAACGGGAUUUCUUUAAAACACAUACAUAUGGGACAAUCAAUUCUAUUUUGGUGUAUUGUCUUCAGAGCACACACAUAUGUGCACAAAGAUAUAUAUGUUCACUGCAUCAUGGCUUGUAUUACUCUAAAUUGGAUAUAACAAAUUUCUAUUAGUAGAGAGAUAGAUCAAUAUGAUGUGGUUAUUUCUGUGAUAGAAUACAGUAUUUAGUGAAUACAAAUUUUACAUAGUUACAUGGAUAGAUCACAAUAUAUAAUACUAAGUAAAAAGCAAAAUGUACAAUAAAACAUGACAUACUGUUUGUAUAAAUUUAAUAAAAUAACGCAAAGAACAGUAAUGUGUGUUGACCAUGGAUCCAUAUAUGACUAUGGAUCCCACUUUUAGGAAGUGGAAAAGGUUUAGAGGGAAUUAUAUUUAUCUGUAAUAUUUCUUAUAGUGAAAGCAAAUAUGACAGUGAUAACAAAUUUGGUUGUCAAAUUGUUGCUUUUUUUGUAUUCUUUCUACCUGUAUUACCUAUUUCUCUAAAAAGAAUCAAUGGGUGCAGGAAACAACGACCUAUAGAAACAAUUUUUAAAAGGAUUCUUAUUUUUGAUCAGGUACUAACAUUUAGAGAAAGUUUUCUUUGCUAAUACACAAACCAAACCUGAAUUAAGAUAAUACUUUGCUUACUGUGUCCUCAUAAUAUUAAUCGGGGUAAUAAAAAUCAGAAUAUCAUAUUCGUUUGAGGCCAGCUUUUUAAAAUUUUAAUUUUUAUUAAAAACACAAGUUCUUCCUUAGUUGAAAGUAGUAAAGAAAUGAAAUAUUCAAUUUUGGGGAUAAUUGACUCUCCAUUUGGUGGAGGGAAAUCAGCUGCAUUUGGGUUGGUUUCAGAUUGAGGAAAAGAGACCAUUCAUGCAUACUAUAAAAUGUGAUUAAUGUCCUAAUAUGUCAGACCAAGGAUAGUUACCUGAAUCAGAGCAGAAGCAAUUUCAAUGUAUAAAUAUCUCAGCAAAGAUUUCUUUGGUUUCUGGAUCCUUCAAUGGGGAUACAGAUGCUGGUGAUUUUAUAUGUGCCAGGUAAGGGCCCAGUGGAUGUGAAAGGUCAUUUAUUCCUGUACCAUAGCUGUUUUAUAUUGAGGCCUUUCAAAUAUUUUUAGUACUCAAAGUUUCCUUUUCUGUGGAUAGCCCAUUCACAUAUUUUGUCUAUUUUCUUCUACUGGGACUUUCAAAAAUGUUUUUAUUUAGAAAUAAUUAUAGAUUUAUAGGAAGUUGCAGAAAAUAAUAUCCUAUAGUACUAUUUAAUUUGUGUACCCUAUAUCCAGUUUCCCCUAAUGGUAACAUGUUGUUGCAUAACUAUAGUAUCAAAUGUGACACGUACAAUCCACAGACCUAAUCAUAUGCGUAUUUCACCAGUUUACAUGCACUUUGUGUAUGUGUGCCCAUGUAGUUCUAUACAAUUUUAUCUUGUGUAAAUUUGUGUAACUACCACCACAAUCAAGAUACAGAACUUCCAACACCACAAAGAUCCCUUGUUCUAUCCCUUUGUAGUUACACCAUUCUUUCCUCUCCCCGCUCCUAUUUCUAAACCCUGGCAACCGCCAAUCUAUUCUCUAUAAUUUGUAAUAUCAAGAGUUCUAUAAAUGGGAUCAUACACUAUAUAACCUUUUGAGAUUGGCUUUUUUUUCACAUUUGGAUUGUUUUCAA